CUUUUAGACAGAGAGCAAUUCAUUACAAAGAUUUUCCAUCACCUACCUAUACCCACACCGAGCCACUCCAUUAUUAAUGAGGCAUAAAUAUGAAAUGCUGGUCCUACAAAAUCAACUGAUUGUGACGAGUAAAAUUGCGCUGGAGGUUCAGCAGAACACCUACAGCUGAAUAGAGUGGCGAGAAUUUGUAUAGAACUCACAGUUCUUUUCUCCUUUCCGAUUCCAGGUGCAACACAGAUGGAAAUACCGGUGGAUCAGGAACCUUAUCCCAUGAAGAAACGAAAGCAAUCUAAUCCGGAGAGCAUGAUUGAAGCUCAACCUCUUUUACCCAGCCACUUGACAGUUUUUUCUAGUCGAAGAACUUCGCCUCUUUGUGCUUUUGCUACUUCUAUUCUUUUCAUUUACAUCUGCGGAAUCAGUUUUUAUCUUUGGUCUUCGAAUUUUUCGUGUCGACUACGAAAUCUCGGCGAUUCGACACCCAUUCCAUUGAGUAAACUAGCUUUUGACAUAGAACAAAAGGGUCGGUAUAUCAUCAUCAAGAAUUAUAUCAGAUCAGCAAUUCGAGUUGAUGAGAAGAAUGCUAUGACUUUUGCAACGGCUGCUAUUUUCACCGAAUUGAGUCAUCUCCCUGAGAUUUGUGGAAGAUGGAAGGGACCCAUGUCAAUUUCUGUGUAUGCUCCAGGUUCCGAUUUCAAGACUGCUCUGAAAAAGAUCUUCAGUUUGAGACUUGCUAACUCUUGCAUCCACCAAAACGUUACGUGGCAUCUUUAUUUCGACAUAGAAUUCAGUCCUUCUUGGGAUCAAUUCAAGUCUCCAGAAGAAGAGGCAGCAUUGUUUUCACCAACUUCAAACACAUAUGAUGUGUGGGCAAAAGGGACUUUUAAGUCGCAUGGUCAUCUACCAUUUCCUGCCAAUGUUGGUAGAAAUGUAGCCAUUAAAGAGAGCAGAACAGAAUAUAUCUUAGCAUCAGAUCUUCAUUAUUAUCCAAGUAUCAAUAUCAUCCCAAGAUUCCUGCAACUUUUGAAAUACCAAGGACCAACAGGGAACAGAGUUUAUGUUCUGCCAGUGUUUAAAAUGGCGGGUUACGGAAAGCCACCAGAAACAAAAAGUGAGUUGGUACAGAUGACAGCGGAAGGAAAUAUUGUGUUGCACACCGGUACUCUUGACUGUACGCAAUGUAAUAUAUUUCCAAAUGCUAGAAAGUGGCUGGAAGUUAGAUCCCCUGAUGAAACACUUUCUGUCUAUUAUGUAAGUAGAGAAAAGGAGGAAUUCGAAUCUUGGCAGCCAUAUUACAUAUCGACUAGAGAUAUACCACCUUUUGAUGAAGAUCAGAUCAAAGAGGGGAAGUUCGACAGAAAACUGCAGUUAUUCGAACUCUGCCUGCAACAUUACGAAUUUCACAUUCUGGACAAUGCAUUCCUCGUACAAGUCCAAGAAGUAGUAGAGGCAACCAAAGAUGUAAACAUCUUACAAAAUUUCGCACGUCACAACAACGAAGCCAGGGAGAAAAAGAUUGAGGAUCUCAUGUGUCGAUAUGGAUCGGAUACUGGCUGCUCAAUAUAAAUUUUAAAAAUUUACAUCAUUUUCUAAUGAUUAAAGAAUAGUAUGAAACUGUGGAAUAGCAGGAAAAAAAAUCAAAGCAUGCCAGCAAUUUUGCUAUUCAUCAAAGCUACCUUAAACCAUCUAUUUGUGAAAAAUAUUUCUAUCAGUAAUGAAACAAAUGUCAGCAAUGAAGUUGGAAAAAUUAGUUCCGAACUUCAUCAGAAAAUCUAAGGGGGAAAAAAUAUGCGAUAUAUUUCACAGCGUCUCAAUACCAUUUAUAAAUUCGUGUGCAUUACCAAAAUUUUUCAAAAAGUGACAGAUAAAACAAGAAUGAAUACCCAAAUAAUAUGAAAUGACGUAACAAAAAGUUCAAUUUAUGUUACAUCUAUUUUUUUCCCUUCUAAAUCACAACGCAUUUGAAAUAAUAUACUGGUUCCAUCUCCAUUUCGAUUAUUCAUAACAUCCUGGAAGUCUUCAGAAAUAUUUUGCAGUCUUGACAUUUCAAGUUCGUUACUGCACUAUCUUAAUAUUUACUCUAAUUAGCCAUUUUAAAUUUCUAAAAAAAAAAUCCUGUAGGCUACGAGAUGGAAGUAUAAUCUAGCAUAAUGCCGGAAAUUCGACUAGAAAUAUGCGUACAGAUAAAUAUGCAAGACUUUGGCUUGAUUUUAGCAUACUAUUUUCUUAAUACAAAAUACUGUGCAGAUGUUUUUAAAUUUAGUUCUUCAGUAAUUAUCCAAAUAAAGGAUCAGAAAGCAUAAAAGACAAUGUUUUUUUGAUGUCGAAGUUCGUUCCCAUUUUGCAAUUCUUCACGCCUCUCACACAUUCCAUUUGAAAAAAAAAAA